AAACAAACUAAAAACUUAUAAUAAUUACAAUAUGCAGAAUCAAAUGACCUCCUUUAGCACCCCCAAUAAUAUUCCUAUUCACCACCACCAACCUCCUCAUACAUUCAUCACUGAUCACAACCUCAAUCAUAAGUACACUAAACGCGUACAUAGUAACAACAACAACGACAAUAAUAAGAACGUUCUUUUACGUGUCAGCGGUGCUGGCCAAGCUUGUGCUGCGUGCAAAUACCAACGUCGAAAGUGUGCCCCCGACUGCGUUCUUGCCCCUUAUUUCCCACACGAUCGCCAACGCCAGUUCCUCAACGCCCAUAAAUUGUUUGGGGUCAGCAACAUCACCAAGAUCAUUCGCCACCUUGAUCAACCCCUCAAAGACGAGGCCAUGCGAACCAUCAUCUUCCAAUCUGAUGUUCGCGCCAACGACCCUGUUGGUGGUUGUUACCGUAUCAUCAGAGACCUGCAACGCCACAUUGAUUAUUGCAAAGCAGAGCUGGAUAUCGUUCUUCAUCAGCUCGCCUACUGCAGAGCACAGGCAGUUGCUGCUGCUGCAUCUGAACAACAGAUAUUAGGAGAUCAUCAUGCAACUGAUCAGGAAUCAUUCAAUGAUAAUAAUAAUUGUGACGGUGUUGUGAAUCAGGCAGACACUUUGGUGAAUAAUAAUAAUGCAUCUUCUUAUGAACAACAGGCUAUAGAUCAGUACCAUCCUCAUGAUAGUUAUUAUAAUCAUCCUCGUUGUCAGCAAGCUGAUGAUGAUCAGCAAUAUGAUGAAAUUCAAGAUGGCCAAUUAGAUUUAGCAGAUAUUAACUUCCCUUGGAGCUUGCAUGAACAAGAAUCCACGUCUACAUCAGCGCCUAAUUCCAUGAUGAAGCAACUUUCUGUUAAUGACCCAUGCGACAAUAUCAAGCCUAUUAUUGAGGGGAUUUCAGGUUUCGGAGAAGAAGGCCUGAGUUUCGAACAUGACCAAACCUUUGAUCAACACAGCUAUUCAACAAGGGAACAGAGUCCCAUUGAAGGAAGAGGGUGAAUCCUUUCAACAUCCUCGAAGAUCAAGAUCUAAAGGUGCUGCUACUCUGUUUACCUUCACAAACUGUAGUUCGCCGAAUUUUUUGUAGUAGAGA